AUGGAGAGAGUGGAUGAGCGAGCUAACGGUGGCUGCACGCGUCGAGGUCGUGUAGACGCCCGCUUCACUCGCCGAACUGCCUUCUCGCAGCACUGUCACCAUACAAUCUCCGUUGAUAAUAGCCCAAAAUCAUGCGUCAAACGAGUGCGCUACACUCAAGAGGCAUUAGAGGCUAAGAAACAGCGCGAGCAAGCGAAGCUUAAAGAAUACCUAAUUUUGGCCGACUCUGUCUUAGCGAGGAGAAAACGGAAAGACUGGAGCAAAGAUGCACUGGAAUUGACUACCCGCGUACUCCAGAUCAACCCGGAGCUCUACACUGUCUGGAACUACAGGAGAGAUAUUUUCCUCAAUGGCAUCUUCCCAACUAGUGAACCUUCUCAAGUAAAUGAUAUCCUAUCGAACGAUCUAUCCUUUACUAUGACACAUCUCAAGCAACACCCCAAAGUCUAUUGGAUCUGGAACCAUCGUCGUUGGUGUCUAGAAGCCGUCCCGGAUGGUCCCACGCAGGAUGAUGCGGAUGGCUGGAGGAUAUCCAAUUGGAACAAAGAACUAUUUGUGGUAGAGAAGAUGCUCGAUGUCGAUGCACGAAACUUCCUUGCAUGGAACUAUCGACGAUAUGUUUUGUCCAGUAUGCCGGUGAAACGACCCGAGCAAACGGAACUAGCAUACACCACUCGAAAAAUCGAAGCCAAUUUCUCCAAUUUUAGCGCAUGGCAUCAACGUUCCAAAGUUCUUACGUCGCUUUGGGAUCAAGGGAAGCUCAGCCCUGAGAUAUGCAGGGAAAAAGAGUUCGAUCUAGUAAAGAAUGCGAUGUACACGGACCCGGGCGACCAGAGUGUAUGGAUCUAUCAUCGAUGGCUGGUGGGACAAGGCAAAGACUAUGCAAUUCUUUCCAGAGAGAUCGCUUCUGUUCAAGAACUAUUAGACGAGCAGCCUGACAGUAAAUGGUGCAUGGAGUCGCUGGUUUUCUAUAAACAGCUUACGCUACAGAAUCAUACCAGUCGUUUGAAUGAUGCUCAGCGUCAACAAAUCAUACAAAGCUGCUUAGUUCUCUUAGCAGUCCUACAGGACAUUGAUCCCAUGCGGAAGCAGAGAUACAAAGAUUUGACGGAGGGGAUUAAUAGAUUUCAGACCAACGCGUAA